CGCAAAAUCACAACCCACCCUCGGACACGCCUUGUACAUCAUGGCAGACCUCUUCUCUCCUGUUCGAACAUAGUCCUCCUGUACUUUGAUAGCCGAUGCAAAAGAUAGUUCUGGAUCUACAGAGUUCUUCACCUUUGCCGCGUGGUUGGGCGGCCGACGGCGAUCGAUACAUGACCCGAGCACGACGCAGCUUGACACUUCACAUGCCACAGGAAUCUGCCCGGGGCCAACUACGUUCGGCACGUUCACUGUCCCUGGUCGCACAGCCCUCCUGGUGACGCCCUGGUAGAGUGACAGUUGCUCGUUUCCACCCCCCUGUUUGCGCCGGCCCCUCCCGCUGGUGUUGCUGUCGGCCGAGGCGUCGGCGUCGGCGGAUGCGGCGGUCCAGCUAGCAACACCUCCCCUUCAAAAGCGUCAUCUCUUCCCAACGCGCCCCCCCGACGCCAAACUUCCAACGUCCUUCUCAGCGCCGACCUCUCAUCCAUAUUUCCUCUGUCUCUCUACAGCCUAGCGUCUAUGCGAGGAUCCCAUCGCUCACUAUAAUUCUACCAAGAUGCCUAAGGGUCCAAAGUCCAUCGCGGUGCUGUGCGCCGAGCUGGGCAUGGACGGAGUUGCCGAGUCCAACCUCCGCAAAGAUGCUCAAUCUUACCUCAAAGCUCAGAUCGAUGACCUUCCCAACGCGCCCGAUGCCGCAAUCGAACCUGUCGCCUGGAAUUUCCUCGAGUCCGGAGGCGGUAGCCGACAUUUCUCGUGGGACGCUGCGCUUAACUAUCAAUGGGAAGCUAGCGAGCAUCGUCUAACCAUUCUCCACUACUUGACCGAGAUCAUGAAAAUGCAACGGUGGUAUACCAUUGAUCGCCUCCAUAAGCGUACCAACGGUGCCGUGAAUUGUCCUGGCUGCUUGCUGCACUCUCCAAAACAGGGAACCCCGGAAACCGUCGAUGGUGCCGGAACUGGUAACCACAAUCACGUUGAUGGAAGCGACUCCUCUGAUGAAUCCGAUGCCGGAAGUAUUCAUCACGGUUCAGAUAGAGAUGCCGCCCUCCCACGCAGCGAAAGCAGAAAGCGUCACCGUGCUAGCCGUGACCGCUUCUCUGAGUCCGGUAAGAAGCGGCGCAAAUCAGUAGGGCCACAUGAAGAGACCGGCACAGACGGCACCUCGAGAGAAGAGAUUCAGCCACAAACCGCGUCUACCUACACCACGGUCAUCUCGAAUGCUCGACCUUCAGCCAACUCAAACGCGCAUGCGGGUUUCACACCAGUCAACCCGACAGUCGUUGUUGAAAUACCGCGCCCGUCCAAGCCCGAAGCUCAAUCCUCCACGCCGGCUUCUUCUCAAACGCUUACCCUCAAGGAUUUCAACCUCUCGAUGCGCUACCGGGGCAAGCAGUGGCACUUCAACAGCAUUGCGCACAAAGCCAAGGUUCUCGAGCAAAUCCUCUUGCAAGAGGAGAAGGACGUCGAAUCCUAUCCAAUCUUGGCGUUCGCCAAAGGGGCCAAGAAAGCAGCAUAUGGAGGCGACGAAGAUUCUGCCGGGGGCGACAGUGUCUUGAAAGACUACUUCCGCUUCUACUCGCAUUUCAUGAACGACCGAUUCCCGGGCAAUGAGAAGUUGUUGCUGGAAAACGGAGUAAGGCCGUCGGCGUAGUCUGCGGCGGGAUUCAAACAAUCUGGGCUCUUCCGGACGUUACUUGACAUAGGCAAGAGCUCCUGGCCGGUGUUGGCACAUCAUUCAAGGAAUAGCGCAGGUGUUGAGCGUGGGUCACGAGGAGAUCAUGGCUAUUGGAAAAAGGCAGGGGGUGGAGAUACAUGUCUUUUCAUGUCAUACGUCUUGUCAUUUUUGAGAGAGUGCUCUGGCUAUAUAUUGAAUAAUCAGCUAUUUCACCUA